AUGGCUUCUGAGUCCAGUGGUGGCCUUGGUUUCGUGAUUGGAGCGGUCCAGAUAUGUGAUCUGGGCACUGAGUCUUUUCCAUUUAGAAGAUUGCGAGGACUCGAGGGUGAUGGUUACCUUCAGUUGCCCAGAGGUAUUCCUCAUUGGAAUAAUGACAAGGAAGCAGAAAUCUUACGCCUUGGAUAUGUCAAACCUGAAGUGCUUAGCUGGUCUCCACGAAUUAUUUUAUUGCAUAACUUCCUGAGCAUGGAGGAAUGUGAUUAUCUCAGGGCUAUAGCACUCCCUCGCCUACAAGUUUCAACAGUGUUGGAUACUAAGACUGGAAAGAAAAUUUGUGCAUCUGGUAAAGGAAUCAAGAGUGAUUUCAGGACAAGCUUUGGUAUGGCUUUGAGUCCUAAAGAGAGAAAAUAUCCUAUGGUACAUGACUCGGGUCAGAAUCCUGGCAGUCUAGAGGAUCUUGAGGAGAUUUUCGCCUACUCUCCAGUCUCUGGUACAAUUUCUGUCCUUGUCUCCUGUACAUUAACUCCCCCUGACUCCAAAGGUAAAGAAACAACAGAUGUUUCCAAGGGUAAAG